UCAGGGUUCCUGUGUGUGUGUGUGUGAGUGUGAGUGAUGGAUCUGUUCCAGCAAAGAUCUUGGUGAAGAACCUGGGCAGCCUACACAGGUGGAUCUCAUCUGCCUCAUCAGUGUUGGGGAUAAAGGAGCAGCAGAACCUUCACUCAGUGCUGGAUGAUUAACGUGCACUGGUCAGUCUCUGGAUUUUCAACUGGAUCAAGUUCCAUUGUUUUCUCCUCCUGAGGAUUUUACCUCCAAGUCUGUCUGCCCGCUGCUCCCUCCACACCUCUCCAUCAAUUUGGUGGCUCCCAGUCAUCACCAUCCUCACUCUUCUCAGGAACCUCUGUGAACCAUUUUCCACACUGGACCUUGGCACAUUCCCCCAUGCCUCAACCAGAACUAUUCUAAAGUAAGCCAUUUCAUAUUGCAUCGGUGAUCAUCUAAUUUUGGGCCACCAGUAACCCCGCUCUCAUUCCAGGCACCUCCGAUUGCACGACACAACCGCCCCCAGAAGGAUUAAGAAGAAUUGCCUGUUGUCUUUAAGAAAAUAAAAUCCUUACCUUUACUCAGGCUUGUUGAUUUUGCAUGUGGGUCAGAAGGUUAAAGCCGAACAUGGCACAGGGAGGUGGGACCAGGGUUGAGAAACGCUGUUUUAGAUGGUGGCCGAAAAAGACUCGCCCUGGAAACCAUUCAUGCAAGGACAGCCACUGCCAAACACUAAUAAUUAGACCAGAAAGGGUCUCACUAAAUAUUAUUCUUAUACUUCAUUUCAUCUGAGUGUCUUGAAAACAAUCACAUAAAUCUGACAGAUAAAAGCCAAACGGCAGCAAUUACCCCAUGAAAACCACCAGCUUUCUAACAGGUAGCUGUCCUCGCUCUGUAAUUGGUCUAAAACGCCCCCCUACAUCUCCCCCCCGCCCCCCAGCAGAGAUCAUGGCCCCACAUGAGGGAGCCUGGGCUGCAGUCGGCGGCGCGGCUCAGUCUGCCUCCUCCUCGCCGCGUCCUGGCUCUCAUCCCCGGCACUGCCGCCAGGAUCGAUCAUGCUAUAUCUCGGGAUGUUUUCCACGGCUGGCCCGCACGAUGCCGCCUGAUGCGGAUGCAUGAUUGAGUUGGCAAACUGAUUCAGACCGCAGCAGAUGUGAGAUGCCCUUGCCUUCGCCAUGGCCAAAGGUCCGUUUCCAUGGGGGGUCUUCAGAAAACCUCUGUACGUCCAGGCCAGAUUCUCCUACCUACACAUGAAGUACUUGUUCUUCUCCUGGCUGGCUGUGUUUGUAGGAAGCUGGAUCGUGUAUGUGGAGUACUCGACCUAUACAGAGCUCUGUCGAGGGCACGACUGCAAAAAUUCCAUCUGUGACAAAUACAGGAAAGGAGUCAUCGAUGGCACAGCCUGCAGCAGCCUGUGUGAGAAGGAAACACUUUACCUGGGGAAGUGCUUCACUGCCAAACCUAACAGCCAGGUUUACUCAGGAAACUGGGGAGAUUUACAAGGAGUCAUUAAGUGCCAGAUGGAGGAGGCCCCCCAUUAUGAUCUUGGAGGCGAGAUGGAGCCUAGAAAGGAGGCUGCUCCCGUUGCUUUCAACAAGCCCACCAAGGGAACCUCAGUGGAAAAGUUCAGAGAGAUGAUAAUCAGUCACCUGAAGGCAAAAGUCGGGGAUCAAGCCAAUCUCGCAGACCUGGGAACCCAGGUAUUGUCCUUUACAGAUUCCAAUAAAGACGGCCAUAUCUCACUGCCAGAGGCUCGCUCCACGUGGGCCCUGCUGCAGCUCAACGAGUUCCUGUUGGCGCUCGUCCUGCAGGAACGAGAUCACACACCCAAGCUGCUCGGCUUCUGUGGAGAUCUGUACAUGAUGGAGAAGGUUCCGUACUCUCCCCUGUACGGCAUCAGCCUGCCUUGGAUCAUUGAGCUGUGGAUUCCUGCUGGUCUGCGGCGCAGCAUGGAGCAGUGGUUCACCCCCUCGUGGCCCCACAAGGCCAAGAUCGCCAUUGGCCUGCUAGAACUGGUCGAGGACAUUUUCCACGGCACCUACGGAAGCUUCCUCAUGUGUGAUGUGAGGACUACCACCUUCGGCAACAACGAGCGGCAUGACUUUAAGGUCGUAGAUGCCCGCUACAUCAUCCCUGAAGCCACCUUCCAGGAAAGAAUCAGACAGCAGCGCUGCGAUGUAGACGAGGACUGUCUGUAUGGGACCGACUGCCUCACUAGCUGCGACCUCACCAAGCAUCGCUGCACACCUGAGGUCACCAGGCCAAACUUGGCAAAAGUCUGUGAUACCCUUAAGAAUUACAUCCAAAGAGGAGCACCGUCUGACCUGAGCGAUGAGCUUGAGAAACAGCUCUAUGCUUGUAUGGCACUGAAAGGUUCAGCAGAACAGAUGGAGAUUGAGCACUCCCUCAUUCUGAACAACCUUAAGACUCUACUGUGGAAGAAAAUUUCCCAUACAAAAGACUCCUAAUCAAGACACCUGGGUGUUCUGGCUUCUUUAAAACGGACAAUCAGUUUUGUAGUGGAAGCAUUCCACUUAUAUUUAAUAUUACUUAUAUUCAUUAUUUAAUUGUAAAGCUGUCUUUUCAGUCAUUUCAAUAUCACCUCAUGUAUAUUUAUUCCACAUAGUAAACAUCAGACAGUUACCGGUAUCAAGUUAUAUCUCAUCAUAAUAGACUAGCUUAGAAAAGGUGAUUUGUUUCAGUAAUUCAGUUCAAAUAGUUUGACUUACUCUAUACGGUUCACUGUGGCUGCAUCUCAGACUGGUAACAGGAGUCCAGCUUGAGGUGUUUGGGGCUUUGUGACAUAGAAAAUGGAUCCACCAUGGUUAUGAAAGAAUAGACACAGUCAGCAACAAUACUCAGGUAGGUGUUUAAACAAUGGUCAUAUGGUCUCAAGAGGCACAAAGUAUCCCAAUAUGUAUUUGCCAAACCAUUAUACCACCACAAGCCUGAACCACUGAUGCUUUAUGUUGCUUACACCAAAUUCUGACCCUAGCAUAUGAGCAAAUGAAGCAAGAAUCAGGACUCGUCAGACCAGGCAACGUCUUUCCACUCUCGUGUUGUCUGAUUGUGAUAGAUGGGGUUUUUUAUAUGUUCUUCUGCUGCGGAAUCUACUCUGAUCCAGAGUUUAGUAUGUUCCAUGAUCAGAAAUAGUAUUCUACAUUCUAAGCUUGUUACAAGUGGUUAUUUGAGCUACUGUUGCCCGUCGAUCAGCUGGAGUCAGUCUAUCCAUUCAUCGACAUCUAUGAGGUAUUUCCAUACAUUGCUAUUAGCUGUAUAAGUUAUCUUUCUUGGACCACUCUCUGUAAACUCAAGAGAUAGUUGUGUAUUUCAAUCCAUGUUGAAUUCCUACCCUGCCAUCUUAAUCGGCAAUUUCUGAAAUACUCAAACUAGCCUGUCAGGUACCAGCCUCUGUCUGUGCCACAUUCAAAUUAACCUUUUUCUGCAGCUCAGAUGGAACAUCUCGUCUUCACCACGUCUUUAUGCCUAAAUGUUUGGAGUUUCUGCCAUAUGAUUAAAUUGGGGGGUUUCCAGCCCUACUCCUUGAGAUCUACGGUUCUACAGCUGUUAGAUGCAUCCCUGCUCCAACACAGCAGAAUCAAAUGAUUGAAUUAUCUCUUCAGCGUGCCAUCAAGUUUGGCAAAGGCCUGGUAACAAACUCUUCAUUUGAUUCAGGCGAGUUGGAACACGUUGGAUCUAAAACUGGCACAACUGCAGAUCUUGAGGAGUAGAGCUAGAGAGCCCUGGAUUAGAUGAUUCAGCAUUUUUGUUUACCAAUUGAGCCAAUGCAUCCAAUAAAGACGGCGAUGAUUAUCUUUAAAGCAUUUACUUUUUCAUUUGAAUGAUUAUGUUGCAGCUAAUUAAAAUCCAAAAUGUAGUUUCUCAGAAUGUCAGAUUCCAAAAACAACAAAAUAAAAACUUUAUUACA